AUGGCACCCAAAGUCGCAGUCCUCGACGACUAUCAAAACAUCAGCCCGCGCCACUUCGAGCACCUCACCUCCCGCGUCGAGUUCAGCUACUUCCCCGACACGCUGAACCCCCGCCUCGCCGACCAGCAGCAGCAACUCAUCGAGCGCCUCCGACCGUUCGACAUCAUCGUCUCCCAGCGCGAACGCACCCCCUUCUCCAAGGACACGCUCUCCGCGCUCCCGAACCUGAAACUGCUCCUCACGACCGGCACGCGCAACCUCGCGAUCGACAGCCAGUACUGCGCCGAGCGGGGGAUCCCCGUCGGCGGCACGCAGACCCGGCCCGCGGGGCUGAACUCCACCGUGCAGCACACCUGGGCGCUGAUCCUGAACGCGGCGCGCCACGUCGCGCGCGACGAUGCGGCGAUCAAGCGCGGCGAGUGGCAGGGGUCGCUGGGGAUGACGCUGGCGGGGAAGACAUUGGGACUGCUGGGGUUGGGGAAGUUGGGGGCUCAGGUGGGCCGGAUCGCGGUGCAGGGGUUUGGGCUCGAGGUGAUUGCGUGGUCGACGAACCUGACGCAGGAGAAGGCGGACGAGCAGGCCAAGGCGAUGGGCCUACCGGCGGGGAGCUUUCGGGCGGUGUCCGACAAGCUGGCCUUCUUCCGGGCGGCUGACGUGGUGAGCGUGCAUAGCGUGCUGUCGGAGCGUAGUCGGGGCAUUGUGGGUCGGGAGGAGCUGGCGGCGAUGAAGCAGACGGCACUGCUGGUCAACACGUCCCGAGGUCCGUUGGUGGACGAGGCGGCGUUGCUGGAGACGCUGAACAGCGGCGCGAUCGCGGGCGCCGCGCUGGACGUUUUCGAGCCCGAACCGCUGCCGGCGGACAGUCCCUGGCGCACCACGGCUUGGGGCACCGAUGGCCGCAGUGAGGUCCUGCUGACGCCGCACACGGGCUACGCGGAUGAGCAGAUCCACGGCUGGGACCAACCCCCUCCACCCCCACCCACGCACCCAACCCUAAUCCACGUCCACCGCAGCCCCAUCCCCUUCGCCAGCGGCGCCUACUCCCUCGUCUCGCUGCCGGCGGGCUCCCUCUUCUGCAAGAUCACCGGCACCACCCCGGCCCGGAAAGCGUACACCUCCGUGCAGACGGGGCGCGACGCGCACAUCGAGCUCAACUCCGACCUCGUCUACUGCAACCACUCGUGCGCGCCGACGGUGGACUUCGACAUGCACCGCAUGGAGGUGCGCGUCGUGGCGGACCGCGACCUGCAGGCCGGCGACCCCCUGACCUUCUUCUACCCCCAGUCGGAGUGGGAGAUGGACCAGCCGUUCCAGUGCACGUGUGGGGCUGGGGCGCGGUGUCGGGGCGUGAUUGAUGGGGCGAAGAGGAUGGAUGCCGCGGUGUUGAGGGAGUAUUGGUUGAAUCCGCAUAUUGAGGAGAUGGUGAGGGAGAGGGAGGGCGGAUCUGUUUAG